AUGACAACAACAAGCCAACACCAGCACCCCACCAACCGCUCCCCGGAAGCGAUGGACAUCGAUCUUCCCCCCUCAACCUUCGACAAAACGAAAUUUAUCAAAACAUCCAAAACUCGUGUCCUCACCACAGCAACUCUGUCCCAUCCCCCCUUCUCAUACGCCCACCUCGCUGUCACACAGCUCCCUAAUGAUGAAAAACAACAACAGCCCGAGUUAGAAUUAGACGCCCUGCAAGUGAAAUCAUAUCUGACCUCCGCGUUACGGCAAUUCCUUGGUGCCACGGGCGCCGCUAUCCCCGUUGACAUCUUGCUUGUGAAAGGGCAGGAUGCGUGGGUGCGUGUGCCGCGCGAGGAUUUGGCGGCUUUUGCAGCGGCGGUGACUGCGUUUCCGGGGACGAGUAGCGAUUCUGGGGGUACAUUGUUAUUGCAGAUUAAGGCGUGUGGUGACUGGUUGGGUGCGUUGAUUGCCAGGGCGAGCGAGGGGGAUGUUUGGACGAGAUGA